AUGCCCACAUCAAUACCGCUGGCACAGCACAUCCCCACCCUCAUCUUCCUCGCCGUCACCGUGCUCACAGCCGCACUCAUCAACCGCACCCAGCCCACGCCGUACAUCGACGAGAUCUUUCACGUUCCUCAGGCCCAACGUUUCUGUUCCGCACUCGCCCACGCCUCACCCAGCCAGGUAUGGGCGCAGCUCGGCAGGAUCGAUUAUGACCCCAAGCUCACCACGCCGCCGGGACUGUACCUCGUAUCGUUGGCGCUGACAAAGGUGCUGCCCGGCUGGAAGUGCAGCGACGUGGUGUGGCUGAGAAGUACGAAUCUCGUGCUGCUCCUGACGCUGCCGGUGCUUGUCGCCCGCAUCGUUGAGCAUAGCGAGCAGCCGCCUUCGUACGCCUCGGCGGCAAAGAGUGCGGUGCAGGCAAAGGAGAAGCAGAACCCCGUGUCGAGGGAGCAGAUACGCGCACUGCAGGACAGGGCGAAACACGAUCGUCCUCCCGCCCCGGCCCCGGCCCCGACCCGACUUCCAGCAGCACCGUCUGUGCCCAAGCGAUCGCAGGGGAAUGCGGCACUGCCAGUAAGGCUGAAGCGGCGCGAGGCGAGUGUGUACAUCAUGGGCGUCGCAUGUACCAUAUCGAUGGUGCCGCCUUUGUGGUUCUUUGGAUUUCUCUACUACACGGAUGUGGCGAGCGUGUGGCUGGUGCUGGCGUGCAUCGUGCUGUACAACCGACUCACCGCCGCGCCUUCGCUGCAAUCCCUAGCACUCGCUGGCACCGCAUCGCUGCUGGCCGUGCUGGUCAGACAGACCAACCUCGUCUGGGUCGGCUUUGCAGCCGGCCAAGCCACGCUUGCUGCUGUGCAGCCGGCAUCGAAGAGCUCGGGCCUGCUGGUCGAGGUGCGCGAUGUGGUUCUGCUGGCAUUCGGGCGUGCUCGAGGCAGCACGAGGUUCUGGACGACGCUGGGAUACAAUGUGGCUGCAAUGAUGCCGAUGCUUGCGGGGGCGGCGUGGUUCGUGCGCUGGAACGGCUCGAUCGUGCUCGGCGACAAGGCGAACCACCAGGCAGGCACGCACUUGGCGCAGAUCGGAUACUUUUUGCUCUUCGCCACUGCAUUCGGCCUGCCCGCGCUCGUCCUAUCGCUGAGCACGUCCGCGCAACAGGGCACGGGUGGAACGUCAAUGCUCACUUCUGUGCGAGGGGCGGUCCGAACGGUCGCCUGCCGUGCAUUCGGGACAAUUUGGCGGUGCAUGCUUACACUGCUCAUCGCCGUGCUCUUCUGGGCGGCUGCAGCGUACUACACGAUCGAGCAUCCGUUCCUGCUGGCCGACAACCGCCACUACACCUUCUACCUCUGGCGGCUCUUUCGGCGCUCACUGGGCCCUGUGCAGCCGCGCUUCGCCCUUGUGCCGAUGUACGUCGUUGCGCUGUAUGCAUGGGCUCUAGCGCUGGUCCGCCGCACGAGCGUUUUGCGCGGAAUACUGCUCGGGUGCGCAACGGCCGCAACGCUGGUGCCCACCCCGCUCGUGGAGCCGAGGUACUUCGUCGUGCCCUAUGUGCUGCUGCGCGUGUACACGCAGCCAGUAGAGAAAGAGGGAGCGGUCAAGUGGGUGUACCUCGCUGCAGAGGCGGGCGUGCUUGCCGCGGUCAACCUCGCCACCGUGGGGCUGUUUUUGCGCAGAGCGGUGCUGCGGAAUACGCGAGCUAUAGCCGAGGCGCCGCUUCGAGAAGUGUCCCAGACGCCCGGUUUUGGCACAUGGCGUCAGGUAGUGCGGACCGCGCGCCACCAACGCCGCAUUCAACGUUGCAAAGCCUGGCAAGGCGAAGUUCGCCGUCGGUUCAUGAGCGCAAAGAAGAAAGAAAAAUCGCGCAAUGACCCACUCCUAUUCGGCCAUGCACAUAUAACCCCCUUCGAUGCGCAGGCCUCGUCUGCGACCCCGCAACACUCCGCGAUGCUGUUUCGACUUGUGACGCUGCUAUGCGUGUCCACGCUCUGGACGGGCGCGUUGGCGGUGAGCGACAUCACGUUCAGCUCGUCGGCUCGUCGCGACCACCGCCCCGAGGUGGUGGUGCGCCACUACACACUCAACGUCACCUCGACCACGCUGUGGCAGGGCUGCGAACCGUUUGGUGGCGUGGUUGUAAACGGCUCCUUCCCCGGGCCGACACUGCGCGCAAGGGCCGGAGAGAUCCUCCAGGUCCGUGUGUGGAACUUUUUGGCCGAUCAGAACCUCACCAUGCACUUUCACGGACUGGCUAUGAUCCAACACCCCGUCAUGGACGGCACGACGCUCGUGUCGCAGUGGCCCAUCUACCCGGGUAGGUUCUUCGACUACCGCAUCCCGCUUACCGCCGAGGACAAGGGCACCUACUUCUACCACUCGCAUGCAGGCGUCCAGGCUAUGACCGCCCACGGCGCUCUCGUGGUCGAAGAUCCAAGCGGCCCCUACAACGACCCUGCCCAACUCGCUCACCAGGAAGAGAAACACCCAGGAUCGGUAAAGCUCAAGCACGUCCAGGGAACAAAGGGCCUGAAGAAGGGCGGAGGCAGCGACGGUGCAGGGCCGUAUAGUUGGGACGAGGAUCGCGUGCUCGCACUCGGCGACUGGUGGGGAUACUCGUCGCUGGAUCGCAUCCAUUCGCAGCUCAACGCCGACCCCUUUGCGUGGCCCGGUUCAGCGACCAAGCUGCUUCUCAACGGUCAGUCAACACCCCUUGCGGCGGAGACGUGCAAUGCCACCAAAGCCCAACUUGUCGGUGUGGACUGCAAGGACGCGCCGGCUUGUGGUGCCGGAGUAGGGUGGCCAGAAGUGCAGCUGGAUUACGGCAAGACGUAUCGGCUGCGCAUGGUGGGUGCGGUAUCGCUUAUGUACGUCAGUGCAGCGAUCCUCGAGCCGGGCUCGAACCGCCUGCAAAACAUGACGCUGAUCGAGGCAGAUGGAUCGUACCUUGCUGCGCAGACGGUCGACCGUGUCGAGUUGGCGUCCGGACAGAGGUACUCGGUGCUGUACACUGCGCCAACACGCAAGGAGGUCGAGAAGGACAGGUCCGGAGGCGUGCACUGGAUGCGUAUCGAGUCAAGGUGGCGUGCAGGUCCCAGCAUGUGGGUCAAACUCACCUACCCCUCUGCGCGCCACUCGUCUCCUGCCGUAGUGGACCCACCGAGUGUGGCCAAGGACGCGAGGUUGUUGCCCAACGAGACGUUUGGCUGGGUGACGGCGGAUAUGGCGCCUCUUCGCAGCGGCGGGGGUGAGGAGUGGUGGUAUGCAGACAAGAUGCCUCGGGACGAUCAGGUGACACGCACGGUGGUGAUUGAUACGCAGCAGGUCAAGUUCUACGCGUCCAAAAGGGGCGUGCGGUGGGAUGAGAAUGGCGAGGUGUUUGACGAUACCGACGUGGCUACUCCUGCGCCCUACCUCGUGCGAACCAUGCUGGGCGACAUCACCCUGCCUAGUGCAGAUCAGUUCAACACAGCCCUCCUCAACCCCACCUCGUACAAUACCUCGUCGGGUGUGCAGCCGAUCGUCAAUGCUACAUCGAGCGAACUCGCAGCUGCGGCAGAGAGACGUUGGGCACAGGCGUACGAUUCGCGUCUCAACAUGUACUUCGCGCGCCAGCACGAGGUGAUCGACAUUGUACUCGUCAAUCGUCCGUCGCAACUCAGCUCGCAGGUGGAGAUUCAUCCCUGGCAUAUGCAUUCGCACAAACACUGGACACGCACCAUCCAUCCCGGAACCUUCUCCUUCUCGCGUCUCAACGCCAUCUACGCCUCGAACCCAAAUUUCACCAAUCCCAUCCAGCGCGAUACCUCCAUCGUCUACGCCAGCCCAGGUGCUGCGUACCUCAACCAAUCCCUCCCCUCCACCAACGACGACGGCGGCUUCGCCGUCCUAAGGUACAAGGUCAAGUCGAACAAUGCCGGAUUCUUUUUGCUCCAUUGCCAUCUCCAGUUCCAUCUCGCAAUGGGCAUGGCCACCGUCUGGUCAAUCAACCCCGCCGCCCUCAAUCCCCUCCACGCCAACACGCACAACAUCCAGGGCCUCGACCCAGCCUACCUCACCCCAGGCACAAACGUCCCCGCACUCACCUAG